GGUGUCUACUGUUUACCUGACGCCUGUACAGCAGGAGGCUCGGAAAAACUCUAUUUCCCUCCUUCCUAUCCUUGAAGCUGUUCCCUUUCCACGGAAUAGUUAUCACUGAGAUGAUAAAUAUAUAAACCAGGCAGGUUAUACUGUCAUUUUCUCUCUAAUUUAAUUAAAACAUUAUGAAUUAAUCUCUCUACGCCUUUUUUUUUUUAAAAGCCGCAGUGACUAGACGAAGCUAAGCUAAGUGCUUUGUGCUCAGGAUGUGUGCGUCAGUGAAAUACAGCUCUCGCGGUCCGGCUCUCAUCCCUCGCAUGAAGACCAAACACCGGAUCUACUACAUCACUCUGUUCUCGGUGGUGCUGCUGGGUUUAAUCGCGACCGGAAUGUUCCAGUUCUGGCCUCACUCCAUCGAGUCUUCGGCGGAGUGGACGCUGGACCGCCGCAGUGUGCACGACGCUCCGCUGGUCAAACUGCCCACGUCCAGUCCCAUCCCCGAGAGAGGAGAUCUGAGCUGCCGAAUGCACACCUGCUUCGACGUCUACCGCUGUGGCUACAAUCCCAAAAACCGCAUCAAGGUGUACAUCUACCCCCUGCAGAGGUUUGUGGAUGAGGUGGGUGUGCCCAUCAGCAGUAGCGGUCUGUCCCGUGAGUAUAACGAGCUGCUGAGUGCCGUCUCCGACAGCGACUUCUACACCGAUGAUGUCACUCGCGCCUGUCUGUUCAUCCCCUCCAUCGACGUGCUGAACCAGAACUCACUACGUAUUCGGGAAACCGCUCAGGCCCUCGCCAUGUUACCCAGAUGGGAUAAGGGGAUGAAUCACUUACUGUUCAACAUGUUACCCGGAGGACCUCCGGACUACAACACGGCGCUGGACGUUCCCAGAGACAGAGCUUUGCUAGCUGGAGGCGGUUUCUCGACGUGGACCUACAGACAAGGCUACGAUGUCAGCAUCCCCGUGUACAGCCCCCUGUCAGCUGAAGUGGACCUCCCGGAGAGACAGCCCGGCCCGAGGCGAUACUUCAUCCUGUCGUCUCAGACCGCCGUCCAUCGGGAGUACCGCACAGAGCUGGAGAGGCUGAAGGAGGAGAACGGAGAGUCCAUCCUCCUGCUGGACAAGUGCAGUAACCUCUCUCAGGGCGUGGCCUCGGCCCGGAAACGCUGCUCCAAGGGCCAGACGUACGACUACCCCCAGAUACUACAGGAAUCGUCGUUCUGCGUGGUGUUACGCGGCGCUCGACUCGGCCAGGCCACUCUCAGCGACGUGCUGCAGGCGGGAUGUGUUCCCGUCAUCAUGGCCGACUCGUACAUCCUUCCCUUCUCUGAAGUGCUGGACUGGAAAAGAGCGUCGGUCGUCAUUCCGGAGGAGAAGCUUCCGGAGAUGUAUAUGAUUUUGAAAAGUAUUCCUCAUAGACAGGUGGAGGAGAUGCAGAGACAGGCUCGCUGGUUCUGGGACGCGUACUUCAGCUCCAUGAAGGCCAUCGGCUUGACCACGCUGCAGAUCAUCAACGAUCGCAUUUACCCCUACGCAGCACGCACGUACGAGCAGUGGAACAACCCUCCGGUCGUGAAGUGGUCCAGCGUGAACAGUCCGCUCUUCCUCCCGCUGAUUCCUCCACGGUCCCCGGGAUUCACCGCCGUGGUUCUGACCUACGACCGGGUCGAGAGUCUCUUCAGGGUCAUCACAGAGAUCUCCAAAGUGCCGAGUCUGGCCAAGCUGCUGGUGGUCUGGAACAACCAGAACAAGAGUCCACCUGAAGAAUCUCUUUGGCCCAAAAUCGCCGUUCCUCUCAAAGUGGUGCGCACCAAAGAAAACAAACUCAGCAAUCGCUUCUUUCCCUUCGACGAGAUCGAGACCGAGGCGGUGCUGGCCAUUGAUGAUGACAUCAUCAUGCUGACCUCUGACGAGCUGCAGUUUGGAUACGAAGUGUGGCGGGAAUUCCCGGACAGGCUGGUGGGAUAUCCCGGUCGACUCCAUUUAUGGGACCAUGAGAUGGGGAAGUGGAAGUACGAGUCAGAGUGGACUAACGAGGUGUCGAUGGUGUUGACCGGAGCCGCGUUUUAUCACAAGUACUUCAAUUAUCUGUACACGUACAAGAUGCCGGGAGACAUUAAGAACUGGGUGGACGCUCAUAUGAACUGCGAGGAUAUCGCCAUGAACUUCCUGGUGGCCAACAUCACGGGGAAGGCUCCUAUAAAGGUGACGCCGCGUAAGAAGUUCAAGUGCCCCGAGUGCACCGCGAUAGACGGGCUGUCGUUGGACCAGACGCACAUGGUGGAGAGGUCUGAGUGCAUAAACAAAUUCGCGUCAGUAUUCGGCACCAUGCCUCUGAAGGUCGUGGAACACCGUGCUGAUCCCGUCUUAUACAAGGAUGACUUCCCGGAGAAGCUCAAGAGUUUUCCCAACAUCGGGAGUUUAUGACCGAGUCCCGCUCCUGUUCUUUACGAGACCUUCGUCUCGUAAAAAAAAAAAAAAACACAUCACAGAAUGCUCUAGGACUCAUCGAUGUCGUUUAACUUUUUAAGAUAAGAGCGCAUAAGGGGAAUCGGCCUGUUGCUGUAUCUACACGUGUCCUUUUAUCGAGAUGGAUCACCAGGAACUUGGAAAGAAGAACCAACAACUGGAACGUCACAGAGCAGAUUGUGUCUGUCGAUAACACUGAAAAUUCGGGUCCACUGAAAAACAAUGUUUGACCUUGAGAAGCCCAAAUCGUGUCUUUUUAUAUGUUUUUAUAGAAAACGAGGGUUGGAUUGGAGAGUCUCAGAGCAGAGUCAGUACAUUAAACUUGCCGGAGCUCUCGGUGGUCCGAAUUUACAUUUCUCACGCUGAAUUACUCACAUUUUACUGUAUUUACUGAAUAAUACUUACUACUAUUCAAUACAAACAUUAUACACUAGAGCUGCUAUGCAAGUAAAUGGAAAAAGCUCAUUUUCUCUGCCGAAAGCAGGAACUGAAAUCCUGUCACAUUUUGGUUCCUACACUCUCAGAAACAAUGAAACGUUAAGGGUUUCCCAGAACCAUUAGAUAGUUUAUUUAAGGAGCUAAGAACGUUUAAUUAUCCAGUUAAACUUAACGUUUCUAGGUAGAGUCGUACAAUAAAUGGUUUCCUGGCAGAAAGCUUUCCAAGUAGAACUGUUUUAGACGCUAGGAACUCUUAAAUUAUCGAACGAACCAUUUAGGAACCUUUGUAGAACCCUGUGUGUACCAAGAUAGCAGUGUUAAACUCAUGACAGGUUCCUGGUGUAAAGCAAAUAAUGAGCAGUGAUUUGGAGCUUGUACUGCACACCUACCGAUUUAAUACGUGCGCUCUUAGGAAAAAGGGUUCUUUAAGAGUCUGUUAGCUUAGUAAAAAGUCAACUGAUUUAAAACCAUUAACGGUUCUUUCGUGCUGACUCUCUUUCUCCGGGACUACGUAUAGAGAAUGUUUAGGAUGGGAAGAACCAUUUAUUUUCCAAGGAGCCCUUUGUUCGAAGAGUGUAUGUAUUACCUGAGUAAAUGUGCAGCUCAAAGCCAGGGUUCUUUCAUGGUAUUUUAAAAAAUUAACGGUUCUUUAAAAUAUUUUUAUUGGAAAUUACUUUGUUGUAGAGUUCUACAUGGAAACUGAGUUCUCCCAGAGACAUAACCAAAAAAAAAAAAAAGUGGUUUAAAGUUUCGAUGUAGAACCCUACACGAAAAUAUUUUAUCAUCAAAAACUUUUUAUGAAUUUAAGAACCCAAAAAUUAACCAUUAAAACACUUGAAGAACUCUGUAGUGCCCGGGUAAGUGUGUGAUCCAAACCCCUCCCACGUAGUACUCGGUACACUCGUAGAAAGAAAGCGCUCUUUAAGGGUUCUUUGAGGGUGCAGUAUGUUGAACGGUUCAGUGUUAUUCACUUUAACUACAAAAAAGGGUUCUGUGAAGCUGAAGCUUCAGAUCUCCAGAGAAUCUCCAAGUUAUUGCUCGUUAUUCGUAAUAUCGAGAGCUUGUCAGAGGAGUUUUAACGUUCAGCUGUUGAGGGACAAAAUCGGGUUCUUUGAAGCUUCCAGCACUUUAUUAUAGGGGAAGCGUGUUGUAGGGUUCUACAUAAAACCUUAAAGAAUUCCCCCAUGAGGGAAAAGCUGAAGAACCAACCCUUAAGGCUUCUAACUUUUCUGUACAGUGUAGAACAUGUCCAGGUUUUACAGGUUUACAAGUUUUUUUCUUCCCAAAAAAAAAAAAAAGUCGCAUUUUUUCCCAGCAGUUUCGUCAAAUGUUUAGAAACUCCUCAAAACUUCAGAAAUUGGAAUCUAAACAAAUUAAGAAACACCGUGAGGGUGUUGUCAAAGAUGUAUAAACACUGUCCUUGUUUUUAUCAGAGAUACGUUCACUUAAUUUAUCUAACAGUCAAGCGUUCUUAAAAGGAUGUUUGGGUUUUAGACGUGAGCUACGGAACAGAGUACCCAGUAAACACAGAGGUGCCAACAUUUAUGGUUAACUACAGCAUUUAUGUAAUAUUUGACUUGUUCCUAUGGCGAUACUGGAGCUGAAAAAUACGUGUUUUUUUUUUUGUUUGUUUUGUUUUUUUACUAAAGCAGAAAGAAACGAAAUAAAAUUCACCUGGAGUCGUGAACAGUCGAAUUCACCGAAGGGGAAAGGACGCAGACGUGUACGAUGCGUCUUUUCUUUUGUUCUUGUUGUCUUUUUGUCCUUCACUACAGCCCGACUUUACCUACGUUUUGCCCCAGUCUCGUGAGCCAAUCGUAAACGAUUAGACCACUGACUCUUUGACGUGUAUACAAAUGGAGUAGAUGGUAAUUAUUACCCAGCGUUCACACGCGUACGAUUUUUUUCCGCCACGGUUCUUUCUCGGAUAUACGUUUUUGUGGUAAAAUACCAAGAUUUUCACGUUCGCCAUCAAUCCCGGCAGCUCCGUAAAUACCGCGGUCUUUAGUCAGUAGUAGCGUUGCGCGUUCAUGAUUGUAAUAUAUCAGUCUGUGUGAAUUUUAAUUUUAAUUUUUAAAUAUUUUUAACCAGUGAGUAGAAUAAAUCACGCAUCGAGUCGUGUGUCUGUGCUGACAUUUAUGAAUAUUCCCCGGUAACAAAAAGUUGACAAAACUUACAGUUAACAGUUUCAUCUAAAUGUACAUUUUUUGCUGUUUAUUUGAAAGAUUCUGGCUGUGUGUACAUUCUCUCUCUCUCUCUCUCUCUCUCUCUCUCUCUCUCUCUCUCUCUCUCUCUCUCUCUCUUUUUUAAAUAAAGAAUUAACGUUA